GUUUGAAAAGUUUGAGGUGUUAAGUAGGACUGUGAACAUCUGGGUUUGCUUGCUGCUGGCAUUCGACCAGCGUCUCAGCAACAACACUGCCUCCCAGCUUUGCAAGAUGCCGAGAAAAAAUAAAAGAUCCCAGGCACAAAAGAAGCGCUGGAAACCACUUGACCUGGUUGAUCCUGCUGUCCCAGUGCUCACUGGCCACAACCAAGAUGAGGCAGUCAGUAGUUUUCCAUCUGACCAGCAGACGGCACCAGCCAGGUUAUCUUUGGAAACAAAGGAUAGACCCACCUCCUUAUGUUCCCCAGGUACCAAGCAGACAGCACCAGCCAGCUUGUCCUUGGAAACGCAGAAUAGACCCACCUCCUUAUGUCCUCCAGGCAGCAAGAGUUCCGAAACUCGUCCACCAGCAAAACGAGUCUGGGCAACCGAUGAUUUCCACAUGGCAUCAAAUUCUCCACCUAAAAAGCCUUUCCACAACACAAAUGAAGAACUAGUGACAGAGGAGCUACAGAGCAACGCAGUUCAGCACUUCUGGUGUGUCAGUGCAACUCAUUGUCAAAGUGAUGAAAGGUACACAGAAUUCUCUCGAAAUCAUCAGUGCACAUGUAAUGCCCUCACAUUCCUGGCCUACCUUAAUGAGGAACACCAGUUCAACACAGCCCGACUUGAUAAGGUGCUUGAACAGGGAGAUGCACUCUACUGUUGGAUUAAAACACAUCUUCAGCAGGAGAGGCGUUAUACGCAAAAUCAUCUGACCAUGGAGGACCUGCCCAAAGAAGUUCAUGCUGACAUAAACGUCUACAGUGUGAAAAUGGACAACAUAAGGUAUGGAUACCUGAAAGCAGCAGACAAAACUUAUCAAAGAAAAGAUUGGUGGUUGCCUCUUGCUAGUCGCCUUGUAUGUCUGUCAACAGAUGUGAGCUAUGCUUUGCUCAUGGUCUCGCCUCAGUGCAUUGCAGUUUUCCGUGACAAAUCUGGGAGGUAUGGAUUAUUUGAUUCACAUUCAAGAAGUGCAGCAGGUUUACCCCAGCCAAAUGGAACAGCAGUCAUGCUCACUUUCACUCAUGUGAAUGACCUGAUCACCCACCUGCAUAACCUUUUUCAAAAUCAAGGCAGGUAUGCAAGAUAUGAGUUUGUGCCUGUUUCUUUCAAAAGACUCAGCACUCACAACGAACAGCCUGCACAGUCAACUCAAGCAACACCAGGAGCAACAGGUAUAUCGCCACAAAAUGAUGAACCACAAAUCACAAAUCCCACUGUGCAAGUGCCUCAACCAGAAUCAGCCCAAACCUACAUGACAAUGUUAGAAAGUGCUUUAAACCCACAAGAAGACAAAAUGGCUUCAAAUCAAAUUUGUGAACAUCAACUUGAAACAUCUGUUGAUCCAACAAGCAACAUCCAAACAGAACAACAAGAAAAUCUUGAACUCAAUAAUGAAAGAGAUAAAGUCAUAGAUAAACCCCCCCAAAAAGCAAGAAAUGUGUGCAGAUUAAAUAAACGACGUCGUGGGAAAGCUAUUCGUCAAGCUCAAAGUCACAAGCAGCAUGUAAAAGCUAAAGAAAAAUCUUCAUCUGAAGACUUGGCAAAGAAGAUAAACAAAAAAAGACACGAAAAGGAACGAUAUGCCUGCUUUUCUGAAUUUCGAAUGAAAAAAUUACAGGCUGUGAAAACUCAAUAUGCUCAAAACUGUCAUCGCCAUAAACAAAAACUGUUAUCAGCCAAAGAUUAUUAUGCAAAUCCUCAUAUUCAAGAGAAGAUAAAAGCCCGCAAUGUGAAGAGAUACAAAAAUGAUCCUCAUUUUCAACAAAAAAAGAGACACUACAUUAUCAGAAGAUAUGCCACAGAUGCCAGCUUUCGAACCAGACAGAAGCAAUAUCUGGUCCAGAGGUACAACACGGAUGCUGACUUUCAAAGCAGACAGAAAAAAUACAUAAGAACAAAAUAUGCAUCGGAUCCAAACUACAGGCACAAACAAAAAAAUCAAUUCAUGCCAGGUAUCAUAAUGACUCACAAUUCAGACUGCACCAUAUACAGCGCUGUGCAGAGUACCAGAGACACAAAAUGGCUACCACUGCAUCUUUCGCCAUUUAUAAAAAGUUGUGUGCGCAGAGAAUAAAGAAGAAAUACAGACGACUAGUAACACAAUUCCAGCAGGGUCCACAGUCUGAAGCACAGCCCCAGCUUGUAGUGAAUAGUGUGAUGCAAGCAGCCACAUUAGCUUUCCGUGAAACAAUUAAGUUAGGACCCACCCAUGUCUGUACAGUGUGCCACAGAACUCUGUUUCCUAAUCAAGUUAAACACUGCAAAAGAUCAAAGUAUGUUAAAAAUAGUCACAUUGUUGACACUUGCUUGACAGGAAAAUUUGUUCAUGUUUGUGACGGGGAAUGCUCAGCUAAUUGUACUUUCCCAAAACAAAGAAUGGAGGAGUGGAUUUGCUACAACUGUGACAGCCACCUACAACGAGGAAAGAUCCCUUCCAUCGCAGUGGCAAACAAUUUAGCACUAGCACCCAUUCCAAUUGAACUGAGUCAAUUAAAUGUACUAGAACGACAACUGAUUGCUAAAAUUCUCCCGUUUGCCAAAAUCAUUGCAUUACCAAAAGGACAGCAAAGAGCCGUACAUGGGGCUGUUGUUUGUGUACCGUCGGAUGUGGAAACCACAGUAAACUGUCUUCCCAGACCUAGCAAUGAAGCCCAGCUCCUGCAGGUACAACUGAAAAGACACAUCAGAUUCAAAGGAUACCAACACUUCUACACUGUGAACAUGAAGAAUGUGUUAGCAGGA